UAAUAGAUUUUUUAGAUGGAAAUAUAUAAUUUUCAUCUUAAAUGAUUAAUGUACUUACUUCAAGAGAUUCUGCUUUACAUUUAAGCUGUCUUCUGGUUUCCGCAAAGUGGUUGAUAUGGCCGAAGAUCCUCCUCGCAUGAAAAUCCGAGAUGAGGAUUCUUUGCGAUUUGUGCACUGUCUGUCAAACAGAGACCCCGGAGUAAGGAUCAGGGCGUUCGAUUCCAUACUUCGGGUGUUCGAUGCCUUGAUCGGAGGUUAUGGUAGCCCUCCGGACAUGAAAGGGGUGUCCAACAUCCACGGUGCAGUUGAUACGAAAACUAUGAUUGAUGAAUACCUGGUCGACAUACUCCGGUUAUCCGUCCAGUGUCCGUUCGAGGAUGUGUUGGAAAGAUGCAAAGAUUUGCUAAGGGACAUGCAGGAGAAGUCAUAUAAAAUUCCACAAGUGCAUAAAGGGGGAAUAAGCACAUUUGUACCAGAAAGGGAGAUAAUACCAGCAAGCUCAAAAGAUACAGAGACACAGGCCCUGUUUGUGGAUGCUUUCCUACAGAAUAACCGGCUGGAUCAUGUCGUUCAGCUCAUGGGUUAUCAUCCACAAUACUUAGAAUGUUUUCUGAGGACACAACAGUAUCUGAUGAAAGGAGAUGGGGCCCUACCAUUCCAUUAUCGGCAUUACAUUGCGAUCAUGGCUGCCAGCAGGCACAUGUGUACCUAUCUGGUUCAUCUCCAUGAACAGGAAUUCAUUCUGCAAGGUGGAGAUCCCGAAUGGUUGAAGGGAACAAGCCAUGUUCCCAAAAAACUAAGGGAUUUGAAUGAACUCAACAAAUUACUGGCACAUCGGCCUUGGUUGAUAUGCAAGUCACAUAUUGAGAAACUCGCAAGAUCAACCAACUCCAAAGACAAUUGGUCUAUAAGUGAAUUGGUGCAAGCUUUGAUUCUCAUGGCACACUUCCAUUCACUUUGUUCCUUUGUUUAUGGGUGUGGGAUCAAAUCCGAGAUUGACCACAAUGGUGGUUACACUUACAGACCUCAGUCCCCUGUAGAGAAAAAUGCCAAUGAUUUUGAUUCCUCAGACAGUUCUUCCACAAAUGGGGAUAUCAAUUCUGAACCUGAAGUUGGUAUAGAAGUUCUUAUGGAAAGAAUGAAGAAAUUAGUUGAAGAAGGUGAAGAGGAAACAACGCAAGAGGAAAGAGUUAAAAGAUUUGAGAAGGUGGAAAGUCAGAGUGUUGAAAUUGCUGCUAACACUGUGCGGCCAUCACCAAAGGCUGAAGUCUUGAAAUAUGUUGAUGAAGCUGAAUACUGUUACCAAGAUUUCGCCAAACGAGACUCUGUUGAAGACAUACCUACCUUUAGAGCUACUGAUUACAGUUGGGAAGAUCAUGGGUUCUCAUUAUCCAAUAGAUUGUAUAUGGACAUUGGUAAUCACUUAGAGGACAAAUUCUCCGUAGCAACCAACAUGACUUACUACACAAUGGGAGAAAUACGUGAUGUGGACACCACUGCAUUCCGUCGCGCUAUCUGGAGUUACAUUCACUGUUUAUAUGGUAUCAUGCAUGAUGAUUACAACUACGGUCAGGUGAAUCAGCUGCUAGAAAGAAAUCUGAAGGCUUACAUAAAGACAAUGACGUGUUAUCCAGAAAGAUUGACUCGCAAAGAUUACGAUAAUGUCAUGAGGGAAUUUAAACAUUCAGAAAAGGUGCAUGUGAAUCUGAUGUUGCUAGAGGCACGGUUUCAGGCAGAACUCCUAUAUGCAUUGAGGGGUGUGAUGCAAUUUAUGACGUGAUGUAAAGACUUUUUUCAGAACUAAAACAACAGAAAAGUGUGGUGAGAGGCAAUCCUCAUUGAAGUACUGUGAUUGGAUAUGGAUAAGCAAUUAACCUUCUUUGGUUGCAGAAAGCCUUUCCUGAUUGAACGAAGACUGAUAGUGGUGCAUGCACUACUGGUGAUGCAUCAAGUAGUUCAGUUCAAUGUGUCUGUGAUAAUGUCUUUCAUUUUAACAAAAUAAAAAACUUAUGGUGGCGAGAUUUAUGGACAUCAACUACUAAAUAUCUGUGACAUAAUAGUUGUGGGAUGUAUGAAUACAUUGUAAAUGUGUUUUAUGUUGUGUUAGAAAGUAGUCCAUUGUUUUAAAAGCAGUAGAUGAGAUCUACUUGUUGUGAUUAGAACAGAGAGUUGAGAACGAUUUACACAGUUUCUGUGUAUGGUGAGAAAGAGGAGGAAGAUAGCGUUGACAGAUCAUAUCUGUAGUGAACAAGUUCAUUAUGUAUUCAUAUAAACAUGUUGGAUGUGCAAUUUAUAGACUGAGAGAGAUGCUAUAAGCAUCAAUCCAAGGAGAUUAUAGAGUUAUAAGGAACCCUUGUCAUGACUUACAUAUGGUUGCACAAAUGGGGGUUCUGGUGAGUAAACACCCAGAGUGUGGCCAAAAUGUGGUGAGCCAUUUCGGGCAAGAACUCCAAAUGUCUUUCAAUAGGUGCUGCAGACCUAAGUUACAUUGUAAACUGCUUAAAGCUAUACUCAUUUUGUUAUAUAUAUAUAUAAUACUUUGAUUACUUUCAUAGUCUCCACAUUGUCUUAUUUCUAUACAAAUCACUGUUUAUCAAGACACUUCUGAAAACCAAAGUCUCCUAUAAUUGUUGACAGCAUUACUGGUAACUGUAGGUUACUGUUAUGGUGCAAGUUUGUUUGUUUCCUAACAAUACAUUCCACAGUGUUGUGUGAAUUAUCCUGCCUCGUACAAAUAAUGUUUCCUAGUCAUGUUGACAUUUCUGUGUAUCUGUCCUUGGCUGAGUAUGUCACUUUAUGCAAUAUUCAAGUGUACCAUAGCUAUAUAUUGGUGAAACGACACCAAGAUUUUAUCUAAAUUUGAAAAGAGUUUAGCGAGACCUGAUUGAACAAAAAAUUAAGUUUUGAAAUUUAUUAUAAGUUCCCCCUAAGCUUCCCAUCACUGUUGAUGAUCUGGCUGUUCAGUUCUUCAGGAGAUGGACGUGUCCCAGAAAAGCAGCCAAUUCACUGACCUCACAAGUUUAUCUUGGGAGUGUAGUCAGGAUUGAUAUGGUAGACUUGUGAAAACGGGUACAAUAAGUUUUUUUAAAUAUUUAUUUCAAAAUCAAAAUAUUAAACUUUUUCCAAAACCUAGAGGUUAGUCAAAAGACGUAGUGCUACAAUCAAAAAUACAAAAUUUGUGUUGUAUUUAGAUUUUCUUCAUUUGAUGUGCUGUGUUGUUACAAAUACAGCUGUGUUUUCCAGGUUCUUAACACACAUUAUUCUUAAUAGCUGCUGAUAAGUGAUAUAGUUAAUGAUAUAGGGCAAACAAAUGUAAAUAAGCAUAUAUGUGUAUAAGGUCUCAUUUUACAUACAUACCAAUAUGUAGUUAUGUCUGUUAUAUAUAAUACAUGGCUUGCCUUGUAACUUGUUAGUAUUAUUUAUAUAAAUAUUAUAGAUAGUGUUUAAAACCUCCAACUUACCAAAACCUGAGUGGGUAUCCCAAGAUCAGGUUGGAUGGGUUACCUAAACCUGAGUGGGUAUCCCAAGAUCAGGUUGGGUUACUAACAUCUGAGUGAUUGUCCAAAGAUCAGGUUGGGUUACCAAAACCUGAGUGGGUAUCCCAAGAUCAGGUUGGGUUUCCCAAUACCAGGUCGGGUUACCAAAACCUGAGUGGGUAUCCCAAGAUCAGGUUGGGUUUCCCAAUACCAGGUCGGGUUACCAAAACCUGAGUGGGUAUCCCUAGAUCAGGUUGGGUUACCAAAUCCUGAGUGGGUAUCCCAAGAUCAGGUCGGGUUACCAAAACCUGAGUGGGUAUCCCAAGAUCAGGUCGGGUUACCAAAACCUGAGUGGGUAUCCCAAUACCAGGUUUGGUUGUUUUACUUUAUUGUUGUUGUUCUAUCAAUAGCUAGUUAAGAAGAUAGGAAGUGUUCUUGGUGGGCAAGUUGUAGUCAAAGUUUGGUUAGCAUGAUCAAAUAUUUCCUGUAUAUUUUGUUGAGCUAACCAGGCCUACUGCAGUCAAACCUACGCCAUUAUAUACUGCUUCAGUCAUUUGCCAUUUCUAAUUCCCGUUUCCUUGUUUCGCUUCAAGCUGAUGAUUUUAUGUACUUGUAAAAUCACUCUAAAAGUCUAGAUCAGUCUAGAAUGUUUUUAUUCUAGAAUAUCUUCUUGUUGACAUGUUUAAUAUUUGAAGUAGAACAUACACCUGACUUUCAGAUCAAUUUUGACAACUAGAUGUUUCAAUCAAAAGCUCUGAACAGAUACAACCAAUGAAGAUGAUUUAAUUGGUUGAUUUAUAGCACAAUAUAUAUACCCAACAGUAAUAGGUUUAUGUGUGGUUGGUAAUAGAUCUGACCUGGGCCAGUGUAUCAAUGUAAAUAAAUGGUACAUGAUAUGGUAUGUAUUGUCAAAAUACUGUUGUUAAGGUUGUAAGCCUUGUGUAUUUAUAGAUUUCCUAAGAAGAAAAUUAUCUUUGAAAAGUAACUCUAGUUGUCCUAAAAAUCAAAUGAGGCUCAUUGAUGUAAAUAUAAGGUUUUGCUAAUUUAAGUUUAUGAUAAAAAUGGACUUUUCUUCUGUUGUCCGUUGAUCAUUGAGCAGUGUAAAAGACAACAGAACCAACACACAACUUUUCCUAAGGCUAACUUGGAAAUAUUGCAUCAUUAUUUUGCAUGGAUUUGAGAUUAUUUUCAUUAUUAGAACAAAGUAUGUACAUGUAUCUAAUUCUUACAGUUUAUGUUUUGGAGAGAAAUAUGGUGUUACCGUGCAUAUUGUAAAUAACACAUAAUUCACGUUAGAUAACAGAUUGACUGUAAUGAUCUAAGCAUCGAACAAAAUGUUUUAUUUAUAUAAACUAGAAAAUGGCAAUUCAGAAAUGGCUAAAAUGAUCAACAUGCAGUUUUUAUCACAAAUGAAAUAUUUUCAAUAUAAAUUUUGUGCAAUUAUGAGAUAUGACACAUCUAUUUUGAUUAUAUAUUGUAUUGAAGUAUUGUGAUGGGGCAUUACUGAUAUGUGGAAUUGUUGAAUAUGCCCCCUAUGUUCAUGUAUGUACUGUCAAAUUAUGAAUGUAACUUGGUUCAUAAAAUCCAGAAACUAUUAAAAGAAAAACUGAAACUGUUGGUAACAAUAGAAUUAUUUUAGAAAAUGGAAGAAUGCACUGUCUUACAGAUGUGUUCACUAUAUUUGUUUCUUAGAGUCUGCAGUAAAAGAUAAUAUAUAAGUGUAUUUUAAGAAAUCCUGCAUGCAUAAAAAGAUAUACAUGACAAACCAGAACCUUGUUUAAAAACCUUUAAGCAACAAAAGUGUCUUUCCUUUUGGAGAUAAAAAUGUGCUCAUCAGAUCUUAACUAUAUUGAUCUUUUUGUAUCUAUUGAAAUUUAUGUGAAAGACCUCCAAAGUUGUCAUUGUUAAGGAACAUGAAAAUUAUGAUGACCAGGACGUUUGCAAUAAUAAAAGUGUUUUUUCCUUCACUGAUCAAAACAAUCCUUGUUGUAUCCAAGAGUUGUGUGGAAAAGGAUGCUGAGGACACUUGUAGGCUUCCAUUGGUUAAACAAAGUGUCCUAGCAUAGCUGUGAGUGGGUGUUUGUUAGGGAGUAGUCUGUUUUGUUCAGUGAUAGGAAGGAGAAACACUGUUAUUCAUUCCAAACCUGAUCUCUAUACAUGUACAGAAAUACUGGUGCCAGUGUUAAUCUGUUUGGACUGUCCUAGUCUAAAAAUGAAUCUGUAUUAUUUAUUUUACAAAUUAACCUUUCCUACGUUGUGAUACUAUGUUGCUAAAUAAAGAAAAAGUUGAAGAAAA